CAGGCUGUUCCCCUCAGAGUUAACUUUUUAAUCCCGGUUUUGUCGCGUUAUCACACACAAGAGAAGGAGGCGGAGGAGGUCGGGGAGAGAAAAGGGACUGCAAAGUCAGUCAUGGUAUGAGGUUAGCGUGAAAUCCGGAGCGUCCACUUGCAACAGAAGCCCGUUGAUAUUUAACUGUGAGAAGAAGAAAAAGAAGAAGAAGGAGAAGAAGAAGGAGAAGAAGAACAAGAGGGAAAAGGGAAAGGGAAGCCCGGAGAAGCAAGAGAAAGCGGGGUACAAGAUGCAGCUGGCCGCGGUGCUGUGGGGCUCCCUGAUAACUUUGCUUCUGAGCCAGAGUCCAGGAGUACAGGGCAACGCUGAGUGUUCGUGCGGACGGAGCCACUUCACAUGUGCCGUCAGUGCGUUCGGCGAGUGUACUUGCAUCCCUGCCCAGUGGCAGUGUGACGGAGACAAUGACUGUGGGGACCACAGUGACGAGGACGGAUGCAUGCUUCCCACCUGCUCGCCGCUGGACUUCCACUGCGACAACGGCAAAUGUAUUCGCCGCUCCUGGGUGUGUGACGGAGACAACGAUUGCGAGGACGACUCCGACGAGCAGGACUGUCCUCCCAGAGAGUGUGAGGAAGACGAGUUUCAAUGCCAAAACGGCUACUGUAUUCGCAGCCUCUGGCACUGUGAUGGCGACAACGAUUGCGGGGACAACAGUGACGAACAGUGUGACAUGCGUAAAUGUUCGGAUAAGGAGUUUCGCUGCACAGAUGGCAGCUGUAUCGCUGAGCACUGGUACUGUGAUGGAGACACGGACUGUAAGGAUGGAUCAGAUGAGGAAAACUGUCCCUCAGAUGUGAUGGCAGCCACCUGCAGUGUGGAGGAGUUCCAGUGUGCGUACGGCCGCUGUAUCCUGGACAUCUACCACUGUGACGGAGAUGACGACUGCGGAGACUGGUCAGACGAGUCAGACUGCUCUUCCCACCAGCCCUGCAGAUCAGUGGAAUUCAUGUGCAGCAGCGGGAUGUGCAUCAACGCUGGCUGGAGGUGUGACGGGGAGUACGACUGUGACGACCAAUCAGACGAGAAGAACUGCACCACGUCCAUGUGCACGGCUGACCAGUUCCGCUGUGGAACUGGACGCUGCGUCCGGUUGUCAUGGCGUUGUGACGGCGAGCCUGACUGCUCUGACCGAAGUGAUGAAGAGGGCUGUGAGAAGACGGAGAGUCCUCCAUGUGCUCCUGAUCAGUUCCAGUGUGGGAAUGGACGCUGCAUUGGUCAGAGGAAGGUGUGUAACGAGGUCAACGACUGUGGAGACGGGACUGACGAACACCCUCACCAUGACUGCCGUCCACGCUCCAGCGAGGGAAACUGUAACCAGAAUAACGGAGGCUGCUCCCAGAAGUGUCAGAUGGUCAGAGGCCUGGUCCAGUGCACCUGUCACACCGGAUACCGACUGAUGGACGACGGCAAAGCCUGCCAGGAUGUGGACGAGUGUGCCGAAGAGGGCUACUGCAGCCAGGGCUGUACCAACACGGAGGGGGGGUUCCAGUGCUGGUGCGUUCAGGGCUACGAGCUCCGACCUGACAAGCGCAGCUGCAAAGCUCUGGGUCCAGAGCCUGUGCUGCUGUUCGCCAACCGCAUCGACAUCCGUCAGGUAUUGCCGCAUCGCUCUGAGUACACCCUGCUGCUCAACAACCUGGAGAAUGCCAUCGCCCUGGACUUCCACCACGCCCUCGAGCAGGUCUACUGGUCUGACGUGACACUGGACCGCAUCAUGAAGGCCAACCUCAACGGCUCCAACGUGGAAGAGGUGGUCUCCACCGGUCUGGAGAGCCCAGGUGGACUUGCUAUAGACUGGAUCCAUGACAAGUUGUACUGGACAGACUCCGGGACGUCCCGUAUCGAAGUGGCCAACCUGGACGGGACGCAGCGCAAGGUGCUGCUGUGGCAGAACAUGGAGAAGCCCAGAGCCAUCGCGCUGCACCCCAUAGAGGGUAAGAUCUACUGGACAGACUGGGGCAACACUCCUCGCAUUGAGUACUCCAACAUGGACGGCUCCAAUAGGCGGGUCAUCGCAGACACACACCUGUUCUGGCCCAAUGGCCUCACCAUCGACUAUGCCGGCCACCGCAUGUACUGGGUGGACGCUAAGCACCAUGUCAUCGAGAGGGCAGACCUGGACGGACGCAACCGAAAGGCCGUCAUCAGCCAAGGCCUGCCCCAUCCGUUUGCCAUCACUGUGUUUGAGGACAGCCUAUACUGGACGGACUGGCACACCAAAAGCAUCAACAGUGCCAAUAAAUUCACCGGCAAGAACCAGGAGAUCAUUCGCAACAAGCUGCACUUCCCCAUGGACAUCCACACCCUGCACCCCCAGAGGCAGCCUGCAGGUGGCAGGAACCGCUGUGGCACCAACAAUGGGGGCUGCAGCCACCUGUGUCUCCCCAGCAACAAGACACACACCUGCGCCUGCCCCACCGGCUUCAAGAAGGUGGACCACUCCAACUGUGCCAGCGGUCUUGACAAGUUCCUGCUUUUUGCCCGAAGGACGGACAUCCGACGAAUCAGCUUCGAUACAGAGGACAUGUCCGAUGAUGUCAUCCCUCUGGCUGAUGUGCGUAAUGCCGUGGCUCUGGACUGGGAUGCCAAAGAGGGCUACAUCUACUGGACGGAUGUCACCACAGACUCCAUCAACAGAGCGCUGUGGAACGGCACCAAGCAGGAGGUGGUGGUGGACACCAGUCUGGAGAGCCCAGCAGGUUUGGCAAUUGACUGGUUGACCCACAAGCUCUACUGGACUGAUGCUGGUACAGAUCGUAUUGAGGUGUCUAACGCUGAUGGGAGCAUGCGGACUGUGCUGAUAUGGGAGAACCUGGACAGGCCCAGGGAUAUCGUCGUUGACCCAAUUGGAGGUUUCAUGUACUGGACCGACUGGGGUGCAAACCCAAAGAUCGAGCGUGCAGGAAUGGAUGCCUCAAAUAGGAUCGUCAUCAUCUCGUCUAAUCUGACGUGGCCAAAUGGGCUCGCCAUCGACUACGAGACACAACGCCUGUACUGGGCCGAUGCUGGCAUGAAGACGAUUGAAUUUGGCAACUUUGAUGGUUCCAAUCGACAGGUGUUGAUUGGCAGCCAACUACCCCACCCUUUCGGCCUCACAGUGCACGAGGACAAGCUGUACUGGACCGACUGGCAGUCCAAGAGCAUCCAGAGUGCGGACAAGCUCACCGGCUUGGGACGACAUACACUCGCAGAAAACCUGGAGAACCUCAUGGACAUCCACAUGUUCCACAGACACCGGGAGACAGUUCGUAACCCGUGUGCGGUGAAUAAUGGAGGCUGCAGCCACCUCUGUCUCCUGGCUCCUGCUCCAAAAGCCUCCAGCUGUGCCUGUCCCACCGGCAUCAACCUGCAAACGGAUGGAAAGACCUGCACGCCAGGGAUGAGCAGCUUCCUGAUCUUUGCCCGGAGGACAGACAUCAGGAUGGUCUCUUUGGACAUCCCCUACUUCGCUGAUGUGGUCCUGGCCGUCAAUAGCUCCAUGAAAAACACCAUUGCCAUCGGGGUUGACCCCAAAGAAGGAAAAGUGUAUUGGUCUGACAGCACACUGAAGAAAAUCAGCAGAUCCGACAUCAACGGAAAAUCGCAAGAAGACAUCAUAUCCACAGGGUUGGUGACGACCGAUGGCCUGGCGGUGGAUGCUGUUGGGAGGAAGGUCUACUGGACUGACACGGGAAAUAACCGCAUCGAAGUUGCCAACCUGGACGGCUCCAUGAGGAAAGUUCUCGUCUGGGAAAACCUUGACAGCCCUAGAGCCAUCGCCCUCUACAAUGAGAUGGGUUAUAUGUACUGGACGGACUGGGGAGAGCACGCAAAGCUGGAGCGCUCGGGGAUGGAUGGAUCCGACCGUGUUGUCCUCAUCAGCAACAACCUGGGCUGGCCCAACGGCCUGGCCAUCGACACAGCCGGCUCACAGCUUCUGUGGGCCGACGCUCACACUGAGCGCAUCGAGGCAGCCGACCUGAACGGGCAGAACCGCCACACCCUGGUGACUCCAGUCCAGCACCCAUACGGUUUGACCUUGCUGGGAUCUCACAUCUACUGGACCGACUGGCAGAGCCGCAGCAUUCAGAGAGCCGACAAGAACACGGGGACCAACACCAUCACCGUGCAGGCCAACCUGCCGGGCCUGAUGGACAUCCAGGCUGUGGACAGGGAGAGGCCUCUGGGUUUUAAUAAGUGUGGCAGGAGAAACGGAGGUUGCACCCACCUGUGCCUGCCUCGCCCCAACGGGACGUCCUGCGCCUGUCCCACUGGAAUCCUGCUCAAAGGUGACGCCAGGUCGUGUGAGGACUCCCCGGAGUCCUACCUUCUUUUCUCCAACCGUGUCAGUGUGCGAAGGAUCUCCCUCGACACCAGCGACCACACCGACGUGCACGUGCCGGUGCCCGAACUGCACAAUGUCAUCUCACUGGAUUACGACAGCGUGGACGCAAAACUUUACUACACCGAUGUCACCCUGGAUGUUAUAAGGCGUGCAAACUUAGACGGCAGCGGGAUGGAGACGGUGAUCAGCCAGGGUCUGAAGACCACGGAUGGGCUGGCUGUAGACUGGGUGUCCAGGAACAUGUACUGGACGGACACAGGGCGCAACACCAUCGAAGUAGCUCGCCUGGACGGCUCAAGCCGCAAAGUCCUGGUCAACAACAGUUUGGAUGAACCCCGAGCCAUCGCAGUGUUCCCGAGCAAAGGGUACCUGUUCUGGACGGACUGGGGUCACAUUGCAAAGAUUGAGCGAUCUCACCUGGAUGGCUCGGACAGAAAGGUUCUGAUCAAUACCGACCUCGGCUGGCCCAACGGACUCACACUGGACUACGACACACGAAGGAUCUUUUGGGUUGACGCCCACUUGGACAGGAUCGAGAGUUCGGACCUGAAUGGGAAACUGCGGCAGGUCCUCGUCAGCCCGGUGUCCCACCCGUUUGCCCUCACGCAGUUGAAGCCGGUGUCCUCCCCUCUAACUCCUUUCUCCCGACUCUCGCAGCAAGACCGCUGGAUCUACUGGACGGACUGGCAGACUAAGUCCAUCCAGCGGGUGGACAAACACACGGGUCGUAACAAGGAAACCGUGCUGGCCAACGUGGAAGGCCUCAUGGACAUUAUAGUGGUAUCACCUCACAGACAGACGGGUACUAAUCUCUGUGGAGUCAAUAAUGGCGGCUGCACUCACCUCUGCUUCGCCAAGACCAACAGUUUUGUGUGUGCCUGCCCUGAUGACCCAGACGGGCGACCCUGCUCCACCAUUUCAGGUUACGUCCCCACCGCUCCUGCCAGAGGAACCAGCAGCACUCCUGUCCCCAACAAGAUCCCCAAAUCUCCAACCGACAUUCCACAUGGAGGAGCCUCACCCGUCAACUGCACUGACAAGAACCUAAACGUAGAGGGGUGUGUGAACAGCGUGAGGACGGCUCCUCACGGAGAAGGACUUCAUAUCAGCUACGUGAUUGGUGGAGUUCUGACCAUCCUGGCUAUUUUGAUCCUCAUCGCUGCUUUGAUUAUUUACAGACAUAAAAAGUCGAAGUUCGCCGACCCGGGAGUAAGCAACUUGACCUACAGUAACCCCUCGUAUCGGACAUCGACACAAGAGGUCAAGAUUGAGGCAUCGCAAAAGCCUCCAAUAUACAACCAGCUGCGAUAUAAGAAAGAGGGGGGAGUGGACGGAGGCUACACCAAGGAGAAGAUCCGCAUAGUGGAGGGAGUGUGUCUCCUGUCCAAUGACGAGCUUUACUGGGACGACCUAAAACAGAUCAAGCCAUCCCGAGGCGGCCUGCACACCUGCAUGCGCACAGACACCGUGUCUCUGCAGGCCAGCAGUGCCUCGCUAGACGACGGCGAAACGGAGCAGCUCCUCCAGGAGGAAGCAUCCGAAUGCUCCUCCAUAACCACUCUGACCCCUUCAGCCAUCACCCCGCAGCGCCACGCCCAGCACAGCCUGCCCGACACUGGCUGGGUCUCUACACGCAAGCCCUCCACCGAGAGCGAAGUGUGAGGAGCCCUCUGUACUUCAUCUCAACCUCCAUCACCUAACACACUCAUGCACACACCUGUAUUUAUAGCUGGUACAAAGAUAGAUAGGUACAAACACAGUAACAGUUGCAUACGUAGAGUUAUGGUACAAAUGAACUGGUUACACACAACUAAGCUCCUGAAAAAACAACAACUCGUGUCUCUGUAUCUGGGGCUCCGUCCUACUUGUGCUCACACACGCGCACACACACACACACACACACACACACACACACACGCAGUGCCCUGAGUGCUACUGCCUUCAGGCGAAAUGAUAAACUAAUGAGCAUGCUGGAAUAAGCAACUGGGGAGGAAAUGAACAGAGAGACACAAGCGUAAUCUGGAGCCUUUUUUAAGGAUGCAGACUCUCAAUGCAACAAACGCUUCUCUGAGUACAACUUUUUAUUUUUGUGAACUGUUUUUUUGUUCUGGAUAAAACUAGAACGACACACUCCCUGGACGACGUUACCGCGAUGUUCUCUCUAAUGCCACUCAUGUCUUUAUGAACUCUAUUUAUGAACGUUUUUGUACUUGUGGAGUUGGUUUGCUGACUUUCAGAAGAUGCCGAGAGUGUUUUUGUUAGAACCCGGGUAUUCAAGAGUUGUAUUUAUGUCAGUGCCAAAGGGUGGGGCUUCACAGAGUCUCCAUGCUUCUUUCAGCAUUUACACUUCAAUAGGAAUCUUAAUUACAGGAUAUUUCUUUCCUUUGAAUUUACCGACUGGCCCUCAGUGUCUAUUCCUUAUUUUACAGCCUCCAACAGGUAAAGAUGUACUGUAGCCGGUUCUCUCAGUUGGCUGCUGAAGUCCCUUCACCAUUAGCUUAAUGAGCCUGAAAGGAGCUUAUUUUUUCUUUCUUUUAAAUUUCAAUUCAACAAUUGCUCAUCCUCGGGCAUAGCAGAGGAAGCCUCGAUAAAGUAACAGCCUAAGUGCCAAACAUUUCGUUCUUUUUCCCCCUUUAAGCUGUAAAAAUGUUUUUCUCACACGUUUGUGAUAUUCUCUUUUACUUUUUCGUCAACAAUGACAGAAAACAUAUUUUCUUAAAGCUAGGGUUAUUUAGCCAUGCAGAUAGUUGUGGUUUUAUUUACCCAGGUGUUCAUCUUUGGGAUUUAUUCUUCCCAAACCACAGCGUUUUUGAACUACUUUCCCAAUCUAAUGUCUCAUUAGCUGUUAAUUUAAUUGGUCUUUUUAUAACAAUUUGGGACAAGUUCAUGGUAAAAAAUAUAUGAUUAUCUACAACAGCACUUACUCUUAAAAUUUGAAGCUCUUUAACAACAACAAAUUACUGUCGCUGAAUAGGGACAAAUACCUCCCUGAAAUGUGUGUGUGUAUUGUGCAUUGUCAUCGUUAAUGUUUCCUUGUCAAUCCAUAUUAUCAUUUUAUGUCAUCCCACCAACCUAUUAAUUGUAAAAUAAUCCUUCUAAAUAAGAAUCUAUACGCCAUUCUGCCCGAUUCUCAUCCCUUCCUUUUUGACCUAAAAACAGCCUAGGGCUUGAAUGAAAUUUGGUUUAUUUUGAAAGCCUGCUACAAAACAUUACUUUUUAAUGUUUAAAUCCCUUUAAAAUAAUUGAAAUAUAAACUGAACAUCAUCUUUUCUGUUGAGAAAGAUGGUGUUUUAUGGUUAUAUGUUUGGAAAUUUCCAUCACUAUACAUAAAUGUAACCUUUUAAAAUAAGUGUUCUUACUUCUAGGACAUAAAUCACACACAUUCUAUUUGCUUGUCUAUAUUUUGUGUAAGGGGAAAUUGAAAAUGUGGAAAUUAAAACUAAAAAAACCUGGCACCCAAAAGUAUCUGCAUGGCCAAACGCUAAUGAACAUUUGUUGUUUUAAUUCAGUUUUGCUUCAUCAGCUCUAGAGCUGUAAUGCAGAGGUGUACUUGCAAUAUCUGCCACAGUACAGUAUAACACAUACAUGUAUGUAACUUAGGAACACUGUGCAUGUCUGACCCCAUCAGACAGUGAGGGUUAUAGUUUAGAAAUAUAUCACUGACAACUUACUGAACAAUGAAUUUAAUACAAUAUGUUAUGCAUUGCUUUAACUUUAGAGUACCAUUCUGUCUGUUGUUGAGGUAUGGUACAAGGAAAUACUAUAUUGACAAAUAUAUCGGUUAGUUUAUAGAACCAUGUAUUUUGAAGUAUCUGCUACAAGCUCAGCAACUUGCUGAUUUGCUGCUAGACGAGCACUGAGGCCAAUGAGAGAGGGUCGUGGCAGCUACAUAACUACGGUCUCUGUCGGUUGGUUGAGGCGAGGCCUACCGAGCAUCACAGCGACCCAGUAACCAAUCACCCCGGCUCACAGUCCCUCCAACUCUGCUGCAGGAAUGCUAAAACUGUACAGAUUUUAUCAUGCAGAUAUAAGCAAACAUUUCUGUUGAAAAUAUUGUAUUGAUUAAGUUGUAUAGUCUUUUGUACAAAGGGAUUUCAUGACCGUUUUUAGACUUGUAUUAAUUUUACUCACUGGAGAAGAACAUUUUUGUUGUUGUUUUUGCUGGAUUAUUUUAACCACUGUGUUUCCAAGCCUUGUAAAUGAUAGGGAAGAUGCCAGUUAUUUAAUAGUGCUCUUUUAUCUUCUGAAAUGCUGGUCGCAUAUAGCUGUUGUAAAGUUAACAAAAAAGAGGUAUUUAUGAUUUCAGUUUGGUUGUCACUUGAUGUGUAAAUAUGAAAAGACUGUAUAUGUAUUUCCAUGGCAGUACUAACAAGCUGUGUUGUGUGAUAUAGUGAAUGAUCCCUUUGCUAUCUUUUAAUAUAAAAUUGCAUUUGCAUUUCAAUGAA